GGGUCUUUGUUCAUGAUCUCCUAAAUCCCACCCACUUGAAACGAAGAAAAGAGUAAGAAAAAACUCGCGCUCGCACAGAAACCUUGCUUUCACUGUAACCGGGACCAGAGUAGAGUCGUUAAAGUGCAUCCCGGACUGACCUCAUGAUGGAGGCGGACAGUUGUUUAUCUUUUUCUUCGCAGCCAAACCGGACAACAUUGAAUAGCUCUCCCGGUUUGGAUCAGAAUAGUUCUGGAGGUUCGUUCCUUCCCUGCGAUGAACUACAGAAAAGUACACAUCUUCCUCUCGCUCACCGUCUGAGUCUCCGGGAUCAGGGUGACUUCUACAGCUCAAGCUCCAUGGGACGGUUUAACGACGGCGCGCCCGCGGACUUUACGCACGGGGCAGCCUCCACGAAUCCUCGCGCCUUGCCCAACAAACACAGCAAAUACAUGGAAAAUAUUAAUCAGGACCAAAAGGUUUUAUCAGUAAGCGGGAAGGGCUCGUUUUAUGACAAUUACUCGGAGGCCAGAGAGAAGGCGGGUCCCAAGCCCAUGGGCUAUCCCGUGAUUGGCUCAGACUGCUGCAUCAAGCUGAAGGAGCCAACCAACGGUCUCCAACCAGGGGACUCCAUAGCAGACUCAAUCGACCUAUCGGGCAAGAACAAGAAACGUCGUAACCGUACCACGUUCAGUACCUUCCAGUUGGAGGAGCUGGAGAAAGUGUUUCAGAAGACUCACUACCCUGACGUUUACGCCCGGGAACAGCUGGCCCUCAGGACCGAACUCACAGAGGCCCGUGUACAGGUGUGGUUCCAGAACCGCCGGGCCAAGUGGAGGAAGAGGGAACGCUAUGGGAAGAUCCAGGAGGUGCGAAACCACUUUGCUGCUACGUAUGAUAUCUCUACGUACCAGAUGCAGAGCAACCUGUGGCCAGGUGCAGGAGGGGGGUCCGGCGGGGGCUGUGUCUUGGGCCCUGACACCAUGUCUUCCUCCUGUAUGAGCCCUUACCCCCAUCCCCACAGCAACCUCCCCUCUGUGGGCUUUAUGGGCAUGCCCCCGUCUUCCAGCCACCCACACCACCCUCACCAUCACCCCCAACACCACCCUGGCAUCAACGGCCUCUACUCCCUCCACAGCUUCCCUGGGGCCCUUGGGGGCCACUCCUUUGAGCCGGGGCCCGAGACAGAGUAUAAGUCAUCCAGUCUGUUGGCCAUGCGGAUGAAGGCUAAGGACCCUGGGAGUCUUCUAUCCAGGCCUACAUGACCACCACAGUGUCAGGGUCAGAUCCCUACUAUGUAUUGACUGAGCUAAUGCAUUCACACACACAUUCAAACUCAAUCUUGUAUACUAGCAACCCAAAGGAUAGUUAUGGCCACAUGUAUUUGUGUUCCUGCAUGUUGAAAUGACAGCAGAAGUCAAAACUCUACACGCAUGCACACACACACACACACACACACACACACACACACACACACACACACACACACACAC